ACGAGAGGCUCCUACUCACUGGAUAAGGUGACAAAGCGAGCAGCUACAACGCAGCGUUUUUGGAACCUUGAUGUUCAGGUGAACAGAGCAUGGUGGUUGCUCCGAUGUUGACGGGCUCCUCAUGUCGUCCGAGCAUUGAGAGUGUGUUAUUCCGGCAGAAUUUUUAUUUGGGAUUUGGCGGAAACUGCAACUUCAGGUCUUAUGGAGCACCAACUUCUUGUCUUUCUCAGGACAGAAACCUUGCAGAACCAUGCAACAAGCAUGACUACGGAAUUGGGAUAGGAAAGUCUGAGUUAUUAGCAAAGGAAAAACAGAGAUCUCAGCAGGAUAAGUUGCCUCCACUCGUUAACGCCUUGAAGACUUCAGCUGAACAAAACGCUGCCAGUUUUCACUUCCCUGGUCAUAAUAGAGGCCGGGCUGCACCGUCUUCAUUAACACAGCUUAUUGGUGUUGAUCCUUUUAUUCAUGACCUGCCUGAGCUCCCAGAGCUUGACAACCUCUUUUCUCCCGAGGGUCCCAUUUUGGAUGCUCAACAGCAGGCAGCGAAACUGUUUGGGUCAAUAGAAACAUGGUUUCUUGUUGGAGGUACUACAUGUGGUAUCCAAGCAGCAAUUAUGGCAACCUGUUCCCCUGGAGACAUUCUUAUUCUCCCUCGGAAUUCCCAUGUAUCAGCUAUGUCUGCUAUGGUAUUAUCUGGUGCGGUGCCCAAGUACAUCAUCCCUGAUUAUAACUUUAGCUGGGACAUUGCUGGUGGGGUCACUCCAUCACAGGCAAAGACAGCAAUUAAGGAAUUGGAGAUGGAAGGGCUUAAGCCAGCUGCAGUUUUUGUCACCUCUCCUACAUAUCAUGGCAUAUGCAGUAACUUGAGUGAGAUUUCCAGACUCUGCCAUUCUCAUGGAAUUCCUUUAAUUGUUGAUGAGGCUCAUGGAGCUCAUUUAGGAUUUCAUCCCCAGCUGCCUUGUUCAGCCCUUCAGCAAGGUGCUGAUUUGGCUGUGCAAUCGACUCAUAAAGUUCUUUGCUCGCUCACUCAAUCAUCAAUGUUGCAUAUGUCUGGAAAUAUAGUAGAUAGGGAAAGAAUUUGUAGAUGUCUUCAAAUGCUUCAAAGCACUAGUCCUAACUAUCUUCUUUUAGCAUCUUUAGAUGCUGCAAGAUCUCAACUUAGUGAAAAUCCAGAAGGUAUUUUCAACAAAGCACUGGAAAUAGCUGUUGAAGCCAAGGAUAUGAUUAAGAAACUUCCAGGUAUUUCUGUGCUUGACUUUCAAAGUUUUCCUAAAUUCGCUGCAGUUGAUCCAUUGCGGCUUACCAUUGGUUUUGGACAACUUGGUCUGUCUGGUUAUGAAGCCGAUGAAAUCUUAUAUAAAGACCAUGAGAUUAUUUGCGAACUUGUUGGAACCCAAUCUAUCACCUUUGCAAUUAACCUUGGAACUUCUAGAGAGCAUGUUCAGAGGCUAUUUUCAGGUAUAAAGCAUCUAGUUUCAUCUCAAGCAUUCAUUCAGGAUGAUAAAGGGAGGAGGAAACAUGGUGCUUCUGCACCCUUUGCUGAUAUUACGACUAGCUUGAUUCCGAGAGAUGCCUUUUUCCAAAGCAAGAGGAGAGUGAGCAUCGAAAACUGCAUUGGGGAAGUUUGUGGUGAGCUUAUAUGUCCUUACCCGCCAGGAAUUCCAGUAAUGAUCCCAGGUGAAACUAUUACAGAGAGAGCUUUGGGUUAUCUUCUAGAUGUUAGAAGCAAGGGUGCUUUCAUUAGUGGAGCUUCUGAUCCCCAAAUGUCGUCCAUAGUUGUUUGCAAUAGCUAGUUAUUGGCACAGAGAGAGAGAGAGAGAGAGAGAGAGAGAGAGAGAGAAGAGUUCAUCAGUAAUUGAAAGUUUCUUGUUCCCUGCUUUACGUUGAAACAUGAAAUAUGAAUACUUGGGAUAUUGAUAAAGAAGUCAUGCACAUAUAAAUGAAACUCAUUUCGAUUAACGAAAAAAAUUUAAACUUAGGAAAAUUAUUCAGUUUGCUUGUCAAAUGCGCUAGUCUCAAUUCUCAGUAAUCAGCUAUGUUUGGUUGAUAUCGUGGAGAACUCAUUA